UGAUUUAUUUUAAAUUCUAUCUUUACAUUUAAUCUUUAUUACAAAUUUCUUUCGAAAAGGAAAAGUGAUUCAGUAUAAUUGUUUGUUUACUUUGUUAUUAUUGUAACAUUAACAAUAACAGCCGCGCGCAGCUCUUAACUCGUCUUCAUUAGGCCUGCUCACAGUCUUUGGAACAUGACAUAUGGUAUUUGAAUAGAAGUUCAACAAGAUGUUUAUAUAGAAAUAAAUAUCGCAAAAUAAAUUAGACAAGGGAAUUAGGUAGAUCCUGAAGGUGUCUAUUCACCACAGCCAGACAUUGUACCAAAGGCUUCACCCUAUCCAAAAUUCUCAAAUAGCAGUAAUUGACCUGUCAAGAAGACAACUAAAUUAUUCGUGGUUGGCAAAUAUCCGAGAAGGAGAUUCAUUACAAUGGCUGCACCUACAGAAAAUACCUACAUGUUGGACCAAAAGGAUUCUGGAACUUCAAUUCAGGCUGGAAAUAUGGAAGAAGAAACUGCAAGUUUCGGAAGUCCUCAAGACACAAAAAUGCUUGUUCUGGAAGAACAGGGUGGGAAGAAAGUGGACAUGAGUAACUUACAGCAAACUGGAUUUAACUACAUUAAUAGUAUCAUUGGCUCAGGAAUAAUAGGAAUAGCAUAUGCCUUGCGACAGGCAGGAUUUGGACUGGGAAUUAUUCUGCUGCUGUUUAUAGCUCUGAUUACUGAUUAUUCUCUGUGUAUAUUAGUCAAGAGUGGAAAUAUUGUUGGUGCCACAACUUAUCAGGACCUUGUUCAUGCAGCUUUUGGUAGCCCUGGUUUCUACUUUUUGACCUUCAUUCAGUUUGUUUAUCCUUACAUAGCUAUGGUAAGCUACAAUGUAAUCAUUGGAGACACCAUCACAAAAGUCUUUUUGCGAAUGUUCAACCUUCCAAGGGAUUCGAUUUUGGGUAACCGUAACUUGGUGGUUCUCGUGUGUACCCUCAUCAUCACGCUCCCUCUGUCGCUUCUGAGAAACAUCUCCCGACUGAAUAAGGUGUCUCUAGUAUCCCUGGUAUUUGCUGUCUUCAUAAUGUUGUUUGUGUUGGUACGUCUAGGAACAAUGACAAAGUUUGUCCCUGUCACUGAAGGAGCGUACAGUUUUGCAAACUAUGGUAUCACUAAUGCUAUAGGAGUAAUUGCCUUUGCAUACAUGUGCCAUCACAAUUCUUUCCUGUUAUAUGCUGCUUUGGAGAACCCCUCACAGAAACGAUGGAAUCAGGUGACCCACAUCAGUAUCAGUGCUGCUUGCAUGAUGAUCUUGGUCUUUGGAAUCUGUGGCUAUGUCACUUUCACAGGAUUUAGUCAAGGCGAUCUUCUAGAAAAUUACUGCAUGGAUGACGAUUGGGCUAACGUUGCACGUUUACUAUUUACCAUAACCAUAAUGCUGACUUAUCCUAUUGAGUGUUUUGUUACGAGAGAGGGAGUGCUGGCAGCAGUUCCACUUGCCUACGUUCUUCCUGCUGUCACUUACCUGAAACUGGAAAGUGGGUCACUCUUUUCUUGGCAGAAGCUUCCAGCUUUCCUGAUGGCUCUUUGGGGAAUGGUAGUUGCUGUGUGUGGAUUAGUAAUUGCAAUUGUCAACAUGACAGACCAAGUUACAUGUAGUCAUGGUGAAGAAAUGCCGUACUGCAAGCAUUCUCCACUGAACCCAAACACCUCUCUUCCACUUAACAUCACCGGUAGUUUUUUCAAUCAUAUUAGUGAUUAGCAAACAGGUACAUAUAUAUACUUUGUUUUUUUGCCAUAUCCAGUAAGUUCCAGUACUGUUGUUAUUAACACGUGAUGAGGUAUACACAAUAAGAACAAUCUAUUUGGUUGGAUUUUAAAUCUUUAUGUGAUAUUUGAUUUAGUUGGUAUGGCCUAGUUAAGCCCGUGUUUCUUUCAUAAAAAUUAUUUAAAUGAUAUACGACAAAGUGAAUUGUAAAAUAUUUCUUUAACAGGGUACUUAAUUUUUGAAUGCUGCACAGAGAUGAUUCUCAUUUUGUGUGUUAUAUUACUCAGAGUAACGGUGUUACUAUACUCGCAUACAACAUUUAAAAUACUGUAAUUUACUUACAUUUAUUCAGCUUUUUAAAAUAUUUCUAGUGGAAUUUCUUCAGUUGCAGUGGUUGAAGAAAAUGAAUUCUCUUUUAAACAAAGUUUCAAAGUAAAAGCUUAAUAUUCAAGUACUUUUCCUUGUUUUAAUUGGAAUUAAACAAGAAACGUGCACAUAUUUAUUAAGAAAGUAAACGAACUUAAUCACUCAAAAUUAUUUUGAGUUAAUCUUUUACUGUUUCGCAUUAUAUAACUCAAUUCGUCAAACUGAAACUCGCAAAUAAAUUAUCAUUGGAUGUGGUAACUCCAUGAUAAGAUACUGUAGCUGCAUAAGCUAUAAGUUUUAUUUUUUAUCUUUUGUGUUUUACUGGGACAACCUCAACUUGAAUAUAUUUAUAAUUAUUACAUAUUUUUCGUAUUGUGAUAAUAUUGGUAAUUAUGUAGUUUUGCAUUAUGUACAAUAAUUGGUAAGUUAUAUAUUUUAUGCAUAAAUUAUGAACAUGUA